AUGGCCCAAUACCACCCCCAGCAGGGUCGCGAGUAUGCCCAUGGGCCGCCCAAUAUUGGCCCCUCGACAGAUGAGCAGCGCAAUGCCGCCUUCAGGAAUGUCUUUGGUGCAGAUCCUCGUGCAGCAGGACGCAGCCAGACCAUGACUGGGGCACCACCUGUCAUGCCGCAGAACCGGAGCAACACCAUGUCGGCGGCAUCUGGGCAGUACAUGCAACGAGCGCCUCCCAUGCGACCAGGUGCUCAACCCAACGGCUACCCACGACCGCCCGGCUCAUCAGAUGGUGUUUCGAAUGGGUUCCCGCCACCCGUAGCACAGUAUCCGAACGGACAGUAUUCUCCACAGCGACGACCACAGCAGCAACCGUUACCACAGCCGAUUCACCCUCACCGAGCACCCUAUGGUGCACCUCAGCGUCUCGAUGCUCGACAACCUCAACCCCAGCCCGGCCAGUACCAGCGCUCCUUCACGCAGCGCGGUCCUCCAUACGGUCCAAGUGGCCCGACGCCGGCAUUGAACAACGACGCCUACCGAUCGCAAUCGAUGGCCUCCAUCCCCCGACCAAACUUCCAACCUCCAGCAAGCUCAAUCUCCCCGGCUCACGCUUUUCGCCAGCAACCUUACGCACAAAGCAACAUGACGAGGACAACUGCGCAAGGAAGAGUCGUGCCAGAUAGACCUCAGGAUGAGAGGACAAUGUCCAUGUCGUCAUAUAGCCGAGAUGCAGAUUUCGCGCAGACAAUGAGUGGGAGAGUCAUACCGAAUCGCAGGAGAGAAUCGGGAGACCCCGAGGGCACCAUGACGAACGGGCAUACGAACGGAUACCAUGACCGAGCUGCGACGAUGAGGCAUCCUAGCAGCAGCAGUCACACAACGCAAGGCUCGAGGUCCAUGUCCAUGGCUAGUACCGUAGUAUCGCCCUCCGACCAAGCGCACUCGCCACGGCCAUCGGUGAGCACUGCGCAGCGAUCCGACAGUCAGAUCUCCCGUGCAGGCACAAUGGUUGCGCAGAAACGCCCGAGCCUGGUAUAUGGCGCUCUCUUAUCAAACGUUGCAACCGCGUUUCGAGAAAGAGUUCCAUUACAGGAAAAGGAGAAAGACGGAUUGGUCUACAAGAAUGCCUUUAGUGGAUUUGACGCGGUGGAGCUUAUUGCAUAUGUUAUUAGGACUAGCGACCGCAACCUGGCUUUACUGCUUGGGCGAUCCUUGGACGCGCAGAAGUUCUUCCAUGAGGUGGCAUACGCGCAUCGGCUGCGAGAUUCUCCCAGCGAGAUCUACCAAUUCAAGGAGACCAUGGGCGAGGAGGUGCCCGAGGUCAACGGGGUUUUCACAUUACUGACAGAGUGCUACUCUCCGACUUGCAACCGAGACAAUCUAUGCUACAGUAUAGCAUGUCCUCGCCGCCUCGAACAACAACAACGCCUCAAUAUGAAGGUCACUCCCGGCUUGAAGCGCGAAACAUCUCGAUCUAGCUUGCACGAUGAAGCUCAGAGUGACGAGCAGAAGCUCUGGAUCAACACUGUGUCGAAGGAGGUGUCAGACAGCGUCAGCGAUAAAGAGAAGAAGCGGCAGGAAGUCAUUUCCGAGCUGAUGUACACCGAGCGUGACUUCGUCAAGGACCUGGAGUACCUCCGCGAUUUCUGGAUCAAGCCAUUGAGGAUGCCUGACGUCUCGCCAAUCCCUGAACAUCGAAGAGAAAAGUUCAUCAGCACUGUUUUCUCGAACUGUCAAGAAGUGCACAGUGUCAACGCACGUAUGGCCCAGGCAUUGACACGACGUCAGCAACAGAAUCCUGUGGUCCGGAAUGUCGGCGACAUCUUCAUCGAAUAUGUACCACAGUUCCAUCCUUUCAUCCGAUAUGGUGCAAAUCAGCUUUUUGGCAAGUUCGAGUUUGAGAAGGAGAAGGCCAGUAAUCCAGCUUUUGCCCGUUUCACGGAAGAAACAGAGCGAUUGAAGGAGUCCCGGAAGUUGGAGUUGAACGGCUAUCUCACCAAGCCGACGACACGGUUGGCAAGGUAUCCGCUUCUGUUGGAAAAUGUGCUGAAGAAUACCGAUGAGAAUAACCCGGACAUGAAGGAUCUUCCUAAGGCAAUCGAGCAAAUUCGUGGCUUCCUGAGCCGAGUGAACGAGGAGUCUGGCAAGGCCGAGAACCACUACAACUUGAUGACGCUCAACACGCAGCUCAAAUGGGGUACAAUACCUCAUAUGGAUCUCAAGCUUACAGAGGAGACACGACAGCUGAUCUUCAAGAGCAGUCUCAAGAAGACAGUCACCGCAGAACAAGCCGACGUGACCGCGUAUCUUUUUGAUCACGCUGUACUGAUCGUGAGGGUCAAGACUGUCAACAAGAAGGAAGAAGUCCGCGUCUACCGCAAGCCUAUACCUCUUGAACUCUUACAGAUCCGGGAAAUGGACUACAUUAUGCCGAGGGUGGGCAUCUCUAAGAGGCCAUCGUCAAGCAUAAUUCCAGGAGUUGGCCGUGUCACUGCAAAGCCUCCAAUCAACGAGCAGGGAUAUCCCAUCACUUUCAAAGGUCUAGGCAAAGGCGGCUACGAGUUGACGCUGUACUGCACCUCCCAGAUCCAACGCGAGAAGUGGAUGGAGCACAUCAUGACCCAAAAGGAGAAGCUCUCUGAGCGGCACAAGAUCUUCACGAUGGCAAAACUGAACGAGGGUUACUUCAAUGCCACUGUACGCGUGAACUGCUGCAGACCGAUUGAUGGCGGACGAAAGCUUGUCAUCGGUACCGACUUUGGAGUGUAUGUGUGCGACAGGAAGCCCAAGGAUGCCUCGAUGAAGCCUAAGCGCGUCCUGGAUACGAAACUUGUCACGCAAUUGGAAGUCCUGGAGCAGCACCAGAUUCUGAUCGUUCUUGCUGAAAAGGCGGUGUACAGCUUCCCGAUGGAAGCGCUUGAGGACGAAGGAGCUGGCGCACCUUCCAAACGUGGUCGCAAGAUCUGCCACGCGAACUACAUCAACUCCGGAACCUGCAAUGGCCAGACCCUGGUGUGUUGCGUGAAGUCCUCGACGCUCUCGUCGACUGUCAAGGUGUUUGAACCAAUGGAAUCGAUGACCAAGGGCAAGAAGAAGUCUGGUUUGGCUAGGAUGCUCGCUAGUGGCCAGGAAGUCUUGAAGCCCUACAAAGAGUUCUACAUCCCCAUGGAGAGUAACAGCAUUCACUUCCUUCGCAGCAAGCUCUGCGUGGGUGGCGCCAAAGGUUUCGAGAUUGUCUCGCUCGAGACGCUGGAGACGCAAUCGCUUCUUGACCAAGCCGACACUUCGCUCGACUUUGUGGCAAGGAAAGAGAACGUCAAGCCAAUCUACAUUGAGCGGAAUACGUCAGAGUUCUUGCUUUGCUACAACGACUUUUCGUUCUACGUCAACAAGAACGGCUGGCGCGCACGAGGUGACUGGAAGAUCUUGUGGGAAGGCUCACCCAAUGCGUUUGCGACAUGGGGUGAGAAGUACAUUCUCGCGUUCGAGCCUGAGUUUAUCGAGAUCAGGCAGAGUGACACUGGCGGUCUGGUGUGUAUCCAGACGCAUAAGAACAUUCGAUUCUUGCACCAAAGCACAAGAGAGAUCCUCUUUGCGUACGAAGACGAACUCGGCGACGACGUCAUCGCCUCACUGGACUUUUGGGGCCGGCCACAGAGUCCACAGGCUCAGAUAAAGUCGUAG